UUAAAGGGACUAGAAGGCAAAUAAAACAUAAAUAUAAAAAAUUGCAAUUAGGGACAGUUAAACCUGUCACACUUUCACGCCAUUGGAAGCAUCAGACAAAGCUUGAAGCAAUGUCUGUUCACCUCAAACUCUCUCGUCCCAAUCGUAUCUAUCGCCCUUCUGAACUUCUUGAAGGAAAAAUAAUUGUAAAAACACAGUCUUCAAUUUCACACUAUGGAAUUCGUCUUACUAUCAAAGGAUCUGUCAACUUACAGGUUCGUGGUGGAUCAGCUGGGGUUGUUGAGUCAUUCUAUGGUGUUAUUAAGCCAAUCCCAAUUGUGAAAAGGACAGUUGAGGUCCAAUCUUCCAGAAAGAUCGGUUCGGGUACAACAGAGAUACCAUUUUCAUUGAAUCUUAGACAGGAUGAGGAUUUAGAAAGAUUUUAUGAGACUUUCCAUGGGGCAGAUAUUAGUAUCCAGUAUUUAUUGACUGUAGAUAUAUCUCGUGGAUACUUGCAUAAAUCACUAUCAGCAACGACGGAGUUUAUUAUUGAAAGUGAUAAAGGUGAUCUUCUGCAAAGACCAAUACCUCCUGAGAUGGUCAUCUUUUACAUUACUCAAGACACUCAACGACAUCCUCUUCUUCCUGAAUUAAAAUCCGGUGGAUUCCGAGUGACAGGAAAAAUAUGUACUCAAUGUUCUUUGUCUAGUCCUCUUAAUGGUGAGCUAACUGUAGAACGAUCAGCGGUUCCAAUUCAGUCAAUUGACAUUCAGUUAUUCCGCGUUGAAUCCAUUCUUCAUGGAGAAAAAAUUGUGACUGAAACCUCUCUGAUUCAAACAACUCAGAUAGCAGAUGGAGAUGUGUGCCGUAAUUUGACCCUGCCUAUCUAUGUAAUACUUCCCCGUCUUUUGACCUGUCCAACAAUCUUUGCCGGUCCCUUUUCAAUUGAGUUCAAAGUUGCAGUUGUUAUAACCUUCCAGUCAGAGCUAUCUAAAUUGCAGAAAAAGUCUGAUUCAAGAACUCCACGACUCUGGCUGGCAAUGGAAAUGUUACCGCUUGAAUUGGUUCGUACAAUGUAAAGAUAAUACUGAUGUGUGGUUUCUCAGAAUAGGACUUGGCUUGAACAUGUGGAUAAUUAUUUUGACUUACCAAUUCAUCAUUUCAUUUAGUUGAGUGUAUUGGCUAUAUGCUCCAGUUUCAUAAAAUGUAAUCAAUGUUAAUACUGCAACUUUUCUAGAUGGUCUAUAUCAACAUUGGAAGCAUUCUGUGUUAUUUCUUAAGUGUUCCACUUAAUAAACGGAAAUAAUUCUUGGAUAUCAAAA